ACAGCCAUCGUGGACCAUCUCGAACAAAGCUACCUUCGAGCCUCCGCUUCCUAAAUCUGCCAGAAAGGCCACCAUGACUCAGAAACUUGCAAUUUUCGCCGUCACGUUAGCAUGCCUCGCCGCAGUAGGUUUCGCGCGUCCGGGCAUGCGCACUCAGCUGCAGAAGAUCCACACGAACGACGUGUUCCUGGGAGUCUACCAGGGUUCGCUCUACGCAGAGCUGGACCACGUGGACGGCGCCAGCAAGGUGUCAGACGGUUAUGUCUACAUGGCAAUAUACAAGAAGGACGACGACUACAACAUCCGCUUCGGCGCUGAAUCCGAGACGAAGGAGGUCGGAGAACCCACCGCGUUCACUGUCAACAGCGCGGCCGACAAUAGCGUGGUUAUCGACCUGGCCGCAGGCCAGACGUACACGAACACCACGUACGAGCUCCGCGUGUUCAAGUUCCUCCAGAAGUACAUCCCCUACGAGUACCGGUUCAAGGGCAAGUGGAGCAAGGCCAGCACGAUUACCGUCGGCGCCGGCACGCUCAAGGACACCAUUGACGCGAUGAUCCAUAUUCCUACGAACUACUAUGCGAUUUUCAACACCGCGACGUAUCCUGCAGGUUGUGCGAAGGGCGAGUUUGAGUUUAUCAAGCCGUGGUGGAAGCGCCUGUAAGCUCGGGCUUGGGCAGGGCGGAGUGGUUUGUCAACUAGGAAUUCAGCUCACUUAUGCUGGAUGGGAUAUGGCGGAGGAACCGUGGUGGGUAUAUAUUGUUUGGUGGUGAUGGGUAGGGGUAAUGGUUAGGUUGGUAGACAAAUGCAGGAUCUAUGUUCACUUACUUGGUGAACCAUUACUCUGCAUUUGUAGAGUACUCUUUCAUUUGUUGGUGGGCUGCCGAUUGAGUGGAG